AUGGCCGACUCCGAAUUGCCCCACCGUCCCAAGCCCGAGGAAACUCAGGAUGCUUCCGCACCCGCCGCGGAAGGCGAGACCAAGAACGCAAGCAAGAACGCCCUGAAGAAGGCUGCCAAAGACAAGGCCAAGGCAGAGAAGGCUGCGGCGCGCGCAGCGCAGGAAAAGGCGCAAGCUGCUGCCCAGGAGGCCAACGACACGGCCAAAGAUUUAUAUGGCCCUCUCCCAGAGACUGAAGAUAUCGCUCCUGCCACACGAUUCGCCGAUCUCUCAGAGGAGCACUAUGAGAAGGAAGUGACAGUUGUUGCACGUGUGGACAAUGCGCGUGUCCAGAGUGCUAAGCUGGCAUUCCUGAUGUUGCGCCAACAGGGACAAAAGGUGCAGGCUGUUAUCGCGGCCGCGGAGCCUAUCUCCCGACAGAUGAUCAAAUACACUGGUGGAUUGAACGUCAACUCCAUCGUCCAGGUCACCGGUAUUGUGAAGAAGCCUGAGAUCCCGAUUUCGUCCGCGUCCAUCAGCCACCUCGAAAUCCACAUCCGCAAGGUCUACAUGAUCUCCGAGGCCGCGCAGAUGCUCCCAAUGCAGGUCAAAGAUGCCGAACGCCCACCUCCCGAGAACACUGAUGAGGGUGCCCAGGUUGAUGCCGACGGUGCCCCUAUCGUUACCCUCAAGACCCGCCUCGACAACCGGGUCCUCGAUCUGCAGACCGAGACAAGUCAGGCCAUCACCUGGAUCUCUAGCGGAGUUUCCCAGCUGUUUGCUGAGUACAUGAUCAAGAGUGGAUCUCGCUGGAUCUCCACACCCAAGCUGGUCGGUGCGGCCACUGAGGGUGGUAGUGGUGUCUUCGAGGUCAAGUACUUCAAGCGCAACGCUUACUUGGCCCAGAGCCCCCAGCUUUACAAGCAGAUGUGUAUUGCCGGUGAUAUGGACAAUGUUUUCGAGAUCGCACCCGUAUUCCGUGCAGAAGACAGCAACACUCACCGUCACUUGACAGAGUUCUCCGGUCUCGAUUUCGAGAAGACUUUCCGUGGCCACUACCACGAGGUUCUUGAGUUCGCCGAGGACCUGUUGGUCUUCAUCCUCACCCAGCUCAAGGAGCGCUACGCUCCCCAGAUCGCUAUUGUCCAGAAGUCCUACCCUAAGGCUGGUGACUUCAAGCUGCCCAAGGACGGCAAGGCCCUGCGUUUGAACUACAUGGACGGCGUUAAUUUGCUCAAGGAAGCCGGCGUCGAUGUGUCAGAGUUGGAAAGCUUCGAGAACGAUUUCUCCACUGCCAUGGAGAAGCAGCUUGGCCAAAUCAUCCGCGAGAAAUACGACACCGAUUUCUACGUGUUGGACAAGUUCCCCAUGGCCGUGCGUCCCUUCUACACCAAGGCCGACCCCAAGGACCCGCGCUUCUCCAACUCUUAUGACUUCUUCAUGCGUGGUGAGGAGAUCAUGUCUGGUGCUCAACGUAUCAACGAUAUCAAGGAGCUGGAGGAGUCUAUGCGUGCUAAGGGACUUGAACCUAACCAGGAGGGCUUUGAGGACUACCUUAACGCUUUCCGCCAGGGCUGCCCGCCCCACGCCGGUGGUGGUCUUGGUCUGAACCGCAUUGUCAUGUUUUUCCUUGGCCUGCCUAACGUCCGCCUGGCCUCGCUGUUCCCCCGUGACCCUCAACGUCUGCGUCCUUGA